UGUAGAGAGCUGCUGUCACCAAGGAGAAGAAAAGAGAACUUCAAAGUGGAAACACAGCAAAACACUGAUCAGAGCAUGCUAGGAGAGUCUUCUUUUUCUGAAUCCUGCUUCCAAAAUUCUGAAAAACCCCUUAUGUUUUUAAAAUAGAAGAAUAGCUGAGACUUCUGGUUUAAGAGGAAAGCAAGGGUUCAAGCAUGUAUCCUCCUUCUAAAGUAGCUGAUAGCAUGAAGACACCAAAAUGCUGAGAUAGAGAUCAUUUUGAGAAAAUCUCUCAGAAGAGCAUAAGAAUCCAUCUACCUGGGUCUUUCCUGACUCUGUGAAAUCCCAUGGGAGUGGGAGAUGGGUAUGUAAACCUUGUCUUUAAAAAGAUCAGUGAGGUGGGUUCUUAAUGCUAUAAGUGGUUGGACAUAUUUCUAAUGAUGGGUUGAACAAGAAGAAAACAGCUAAAACUCUAAAAACAGCUCAGCGGAUUACAGGCAAAGCUCCAUCAGGGAUUCUGCCAGGAAAAUGUCUGGGAUUCAGGAUGCCAGCGUGCGAAGCAUCCGCCCCUACAAAACAAGCGAACAAUACUUGUAUGCCAUGAAGGAGGACCUGGCAGAAUGGCUUAAGGAACUCUAUGAUGUCGACAUUGAUGUGAGAUCUUUUCUGGAUGUCCUGGAAACAGGUGUCCUUCUUUGUCAUCACGCUAACAACAUCACCCAGGUGGCCAGAGACCUCAGCCAGGAAUAUCCAAGUUUGGGCAAAAAACUCCAACUUCCCAUAUAUGGUGUAACCUGUAAUGAUUUUGCUCAGCCAGGCACGUUCCAAGCUCGAGACAAUGUGUCCAACUUUAUUCAGUGGUGCCGAAAAGAGAUGGAUAUUAAAGAUGUCCUGAUGUUUGAGACGGAGGACCUGGUCUUGCGCAAGAACGAGAAGAACUUUGUCUUGUGUCUUCUGGAGGUAGCCCGGCGGGCUUCUCGUUUUGGCAUGAGCGCUCCUAUCCUCAUCCAAAUGGAGGAAGACAUUGAGGAUGAGAUGCGUGAGGACAUGAACCUGCCACCGGAUGAAACACUUCUUCCCCGGCCCAAGAGAGAACCUCCUAACUUCAAGAAACUGGACCAGAUGGUCCAGCACCUUGUUAGCCGAUGCACCUGUCCAGUUCAGUUCUCCAUGGUCAAAGUCUCAGAGGGAAAGUAUCGCAUCGGUGAUUCCAACACUCUCAUCUUUGUUAGGAUCCUGCGGAAUCAUGUAAUGGUCCGAGUAGGUGGUGGCUGGGACACCCUGGAACACUAUCUGGAUAAGCAUGACCCAUGCCGGUGUACUUCACUCUCUCACAAGCAGAUCUUGAAGAAGGCCAGUCCUCAGAAGAUGCAGGCUACCCAGGUUCAGCAUGAGAUCACAGCCCGUUUAACACCCAGGAAAGACAGCUGUAAUAAGCCCCAGCCUGCCUUAAUUGUGAGCAGAUGCCAAAGUCCACUGCCCCCAGUGGAGUGGAGGUCUUAUCUGCCCCACGGUUUAGGUUCUGGGUGGAAGAAGGCUCAAGCAUCCUCAGAUAAUGGUGGCAGCAGUCGCAGCAAGAAAAACGAAGGCCAACAGAUGUCCCAGGAUCAUUCAGAGCCCAGGAAAGCCCCUUCAAUAAGGGCAGGGGAGCGACCAGCAACUCCAUCCCAGAGACUUCCAGGUGCAGGAGAGAGGCUUGGAUCCAAACAGUCGGUUUCUACUCUGAGUGGGAGAGAGACAUUCUAUGUCUCAUUGUCUUCUCAGCAAAAUGGGAGCAUGGAGAACAACUCAUAUGAUUUGAAAUAUUUCUCUGGUCCAAGGUCUAGAAGAGGACCUGGUAGGAUUGAGACAGUGGCAGGGAAUCUGAAAACAGAAAUUAAGAAACCAGUACCACUGGGAACAAUGAAACAAAGGAACGAGGCAUUUCAGUCAGCAGGAAAUGUCCAGCGAACAGUGAACAGUUGUUCACAGAUAUGUUCUACCAGCCCAGAUAAGCACUUUAAAACCUCCCACCAACAGACUGUUAAGGUCCCCAUGGAAAAUUUACAGGGACAGCAGAAAGGGACUCCUGUGCAUAAUUGGAGGAAAGAUUCAAUAGGUCAGCGAUCUUCAUCCCCAGUGAAGUACACAGGCCAGGUUCAAAGAGAGGAUAGUUGCUUAAGGACCUCGGAAAAAGUUGGCUCACUUUUCUGCAGGCCUCCAACUCCUAGAAGGAAUGAGGUUUAUCAAGGACUGUUUAGGAAUAGCAAUCCUGAUCCUGCCUUGGCCAAAGAACAACACCAGUUGAACAGCAAAAUAAUACCCAGGAACAAGAUGGGUCCUAAAAAGGAACAAAAUAAGAUGGCCAGCAUGGAAGUUUAUGAUUCAUUGUCUUCUAACUUAGGGAUUGGAGUCCAUCAAUUGGACUCAGAAGAAAAAAUGAAAGAUAGUCCGGCACAGCAGGGCCAAAAAGAUACCCUGAGAACUUCUUGUCAGUUGAGCCCUGGAGGUACAAAAGAGCCCUCUGUGGAAAAGGAACGUGUCUACACACCACUACCUAUUAACUUGGCUGAAGAACAAGCUUUGUAUAGAAGUUUGGAGGAGGAAAUUUUGUCCAAUAUCAAGGAGUUGGAAGCAGAUUCAGAUGACAACCAUCUUCCUGGACAGAACCAGUUGGAAGAAUUUAAAAAGGACAAUGACCCAGAGACAAACUUCACAAUGGUAGGUUGUAACCUCCUCAAAGUAUCCAUUCCUUCUUUGUCCUCUUUGCAGAGAACCAAGAAGAUUUUGACUUAUGGUGAAGGCGUUCCACGGAGUGGCGUAUAUGUGCCAGACAGAGACACAAGGUUGCAUCCAGCAGGCCUCCAUUAUGACAGUGUAAUCCAAGAACUUUCCAUGGCCCUCCAUCUGGAGCACAUGGGGACUGACCUUUCUUCUUCCUUUCAAAUGAAUUCGUAUUUGUUGAAUGGAAGCCAGGCCAAAGUAAGGUUUGGGGAAAGAGAAAUUCCACAUGAAACCCCUUCAAUGCCUGAAGCAAAGGAGGACAAGCCACCCCAUGCAAAUAAUGGAGGACAGACAGAAGUUAGUGAGAAUGGUGAUACUCCUCAAAUAUUACCGAAUGAAGAAACUCCCAAAUCUUCAGAAAGUUCCAUCAUUGCAGAGAAUGUGCAAAGUAAACCAAGGAGAUUUCUAAAAAAACCAGAGCGUGUGCCAUCCUUUUACAAGCUCAAGCUACGCCCCAAGAUCCGUCCACGCAAAGACCACAGGCCUGAGAAGAAGCCUUCAAAGAUUCCCACACCAUUGGCAUACAGAUAUGCCCGAAAGGCAUCCAGCAUCCAAGGCCAGGGGAAAACCCACAGGGCCAAAUGUCAGACUAGGAAUGGCCCAACUACGGCGAAACAAGACAGCACUAGAAACAAAAAAUCAGAGUGCAGCUUGUCUUCCACAGAACAUGUGGGACUGACUCUGACGGAACAGAUAAUGGGAGCUUUGGAUGACAAAGAAACUUGGCUGUGAUUAUUCCUGAAUAUACAGUUGUAAUCUUUUGAUAUGCUCAAAUCCAUCCCUCUCCAGAGUUUGCAACCAGCAACCUCCAUCUCUGUGAGAAGGGUACACUUCAAAGAUAUAUAAGUAGCCCUUGACCUAGGACUGUAAUGGAGCCUGCCCAUUACACUCAUUAAGUCCUAAUGGUUGUAAAAUGACUGAGAUUUUAAGACCCUUUUUGCAGCAAAAUGCUACUGUCAUUAAGCAAAUCAAUGGUUCAC